AUGAAACGUGGCGUCCUGGCGUUCUGUGUCGCCGCCCCGGCAGCUGCCCGGUGUGCACUUACCGGCAGGAGAGUGGAGGACUGGGAGGCGCACAACCGUACCUUUGAGAUGCGAGUUUUUGAGCUGCUCAAGAACCGUCUGGCCUCUCCGACGGAGCCGCUGCCGGCGAAUCAAGUAUACGUAACCAUAGCGAACCCAUGUCGUCUCAUUGACGAGUUUAAUUUUGCUAAAACUACACGAAGGAUGGAUCGUCUGCGGAUUUCUCUUGGUUUUUUGCGGCGCCACAAUGUGCUUCUUCAUGGUUUGUUGUUUUACGUGAAGGAAACAAAAACUUGGAACACCACGGCGGGGUUUGGGCGACUGGCUCUAUUCGGCGAGAGUCUUCUUCGUCAUGAGGUUCGUGCCCGUACGCUUCGGCUGUUUCCAUCCAUAGAUUCCGCGACUUACGCCUCACUGACCGCCUCCAUACUGAAUGAAGAUGCAUUAUGCGCCAUUUUCGACCGGUUGAUGAUGAAGUCUCUUGUUGGAGCUAAGCCUGAGGGUAAGGACCGCGACUGGUCUUUAACAAAAGAGCAGCGCAGUAGCAUGUUGUGUGCCAUUGUAGGUGAAAUGAGUUGGUUCUCUUCUCGAACAAAGGCCACGGAUAGGACACAUAACAAUGCACUUUUCCCACCAUCUGAUGCACUCAUUCUUCAUGUGUUGUGUUGCCACGUAUUGGAGUCUCUGCCGGCGGAGCUUAUUUACACCGUUGUGGAACCACGUGUUCAUCGCCUCAAGGAGGUUUGGGUCAAUGAACCAAUGUCUAUUCCAUCACAGAUGCAUUUAAAACCCAGAACAAUUAACGCCUUGUCUUUGUCUUUGGUGAAAAAGCCUAUUUCUGAAGAGGAACGUCUUCGGAAGGUGGCAGCUCAGGCCGCCACUGUGUGUUUCCCUUCUCUUUCUUCCGAACCUGUUAUCGGGAGCUUUAUAUCAAAAAUGAAGCCGCGUUGGAACUAUAAACGUUUUGAUGAACGACGAUAUCAAAUACUGGGAGAUGACAAGCGCUGCUUUUUGCCUCUGUUUUCUUCGCCAACGCCCAGGGAUUCUGGUGCAUGUGUAGUCGUGACGCUGACGGAUGAAAGACGGAGGGAGCUAGUUUCCCCAGCGUUUAAGCCUGGCGAAGAGUAG